AGGAGACACCGAGCAACUGACGCAUAUUGAAACUGACCUGAACCGACCAUGUACAGCAGAUCAGACAGCCUGGUGUUCUCGCUACCGACAAACACUUUCUUCCAGCCGCAGUCGCAGUUUAAUUUCAGACCCGUGAUGACGCGCAACACCCAGCCGGAGAUCUUCACCUUCGAGCGGAUCCCGGAGCCGCAGCAGCCGGCGUUCCCUCAGCGCGGAGCCCCGGUGCGCCCGCGCAAGAGGAACACGCGCGUCAUGUACCCCUCCAAAGUACGCAAAUAUCUCCCCCCGGCCGAGAAGAGCCCCGCCAAGCGCUGGCUGCUCGUCCUGUGCCUGGUGGUCUUCAUGCAGAUCUACACCGAGGAGGGAUCCGUCGAGACCACGCAGAGUGAAGCACCGACCUUCACCGAUGCUACUUCCUACAAUGUCCUCCCCUUCCAGUCUGCUGAAGAGCAAGCCAGACAAAUGAUGGGCAGCUGUCCUGAGGACUUCAGCAUGAUGUCUAGCAGCGAGGAGCAGAAGGAGAGUUCCUGGCGUCUGAACACUACAUGCCCGAGCUCAAGCUUGGAGGAGGACAUCAACACUCUCUACCAGCAGAGCAGGAGGAAUGGAUACGUGGUGGCCCUUCUCUACCCAGUGUACCAUAGACUUGGCGCAGAGAACUGAAUGAACUCAGAAUCAAGGUUGAUGACUAAUCAAGUUCACUGAACCUUCUUGGAGAAGAAAAACAGGCUCCCGUGGCACCCAAGAUGUGCCUGGAGAACUUGAUGAGCGGAAGAUGAAGUGAUGGAAAACACAAGCUGAGGAGACAUCCAAUGGACUUGAAUAUUAUAAUGGAAUGAAACUUGAACGGCUACUUGAAAAUGUUUCACUUGAAGUGUAGUCUCACAAGUAGACCUGUUGUACGUCUGAACUCAUGAGGGUGUCGCAGUGACCAUUUGUGUUGCUGAACUCUGCCACGCGCAGAAAUACUUGAAUCUCACAUUGAAGAUUUUCUAUGUGUAACAUGAAGAAAUAUUUGUUGUAGCUAUUUAUUUAAUGUUAUUUAUUUAUUGUUAUUUGCUUAUUUAUUUCCUAUUGUCUUGUGAAAAUAAACUGACAUUUGCAUUUACAACUCGUA